AUGGGCAAGCGAUUCCACCUGUGGCGACGCUCCAGGCGCCGGCUGCUGGGCCAGCGGAUGCUGGCUUGGCUGCGAGGCAGGGGCAGGGCAUCGGCUGACGUUCAGGCGGGCGGGGGCCCGCGCGGCGCCGGCGGCAAUGGAGUUCGGGCGGGGCCCUUCGCGGCCGCUUCCGGGGAUGCCGGGAGCGGAGAGGGGCCGUCCGUGGCGGGGAACGGCGUUCGCGGCGCGGACAUGGCCGUGGGGGUCGAGGCCACGCUGCGCGACGUGCCCCUCGAUCAGAUGGGCGUCGAGGCGAGGAUGAUGCUGUCGCCGAAGAGGAUGCGGGUGGCCCUGCGCAAGGUGUACAAGUGGGGGGACCUGCUGGGGACAGGCGGCUUCGCAGCGGUGCGCCAGGUGACUCACAAGCGUAGCGGCGAGCGGUGCGCGUGCAAGGUGAUGCGGCUGCCGGACCCGGACGCGCCCCCCAACGAGCUGAGCCGCGCGGAGGUGUUCCGGGAGAUCGAGAUCCUGUCCAAGACCAACCACCCCAACGUGCUGUCGCUGCGGGAGUUCUACGUGGGCAAGGAGAUGGUGUACAUUGUGACGGAGCUGCUGGAGGGCGGGAUGCUGCUGGACGCACUGCUGGAGCGGAAGGAGCACCGGUACACGGAGGACGACGCGCGGAUAGUGUUCCGGCAGCUGCUGGAGGGCGUGGGCUACCUGCACGACCGCGACGUGGCGCACCGCGACCUCAAGCUGGAGAACCUGCUCCUCGUGGAGAAGGGUAACAUCAACCGCAUCAAGAUCGUGGACUUCGGCCUGGCCAAGCGCACGGUCAGCAAGAUGAGCACUGCGGCUGGCACACCCCAGUUUGUGGCGCCGGAGGUGCUCCGCCGCGACGUGCAGACAUACGACAAGUCGGUGGACAUGUGGAGCGCCGGCGUGAUCCUGUACAUCCUGUUGGCCGGCUUCCCGCCAUUCUACGACGCCAACGAGGCCGUGAUGUACUCCAAGAUCAGGCAGGGCCUGUACAGUUUCGCGGACCCGGUGUGGAGCAGCGUGACGCCGGCCGCCAAGGACCUGGUGUCCCAGCUGCUGCAGGUGAACCCCACCCAGCGCCUGAACGUGAGGCAGGCCAAGCAGCACGAGUGGAUGAUGGGGGACCUUCUCAGCAGGGCGGAGUCUGCGCCAUUGGUGGAGGCCCAUGCCAAGCUGGCCCACCCCAAGCUGCUCAAAGCGGCGGGGAUGGUGGUGAUGGCGAUCAAUGGGCUCAUGAAGGAGCAGCUGGAGUUGAUACACAGCACGGAGAGCAACGAGGCGUCCGGGGAGUUGUCCAUGGUGGGGCUGUGCAAGGACGAGGGGGGAGUGGGGUCCCGCAGCGCAAGCCGAGGGACAGAGGGCGGGGAGCCAUCUGAGACGGGGAAGAGUGAAGGGGAGGGCGCUGGGGAGAUGUCCCUGAAUCUCCACAGCCCGCCCUCGACAUCAAGUUCCACAAGGCAGCGUGGGGCUCAGAGCUCUGCAGAGAGGCAGGAGGUUGUCACUAGACGUCAGCCGAGACAGCAAUCUGUUCCCAAGACAGUGUUCCAGCCGGACCUGGAAAUACCCAAUCCGCCUUCAACAUCCAGCUCUACGAGGCAGGAGCAGGAAAGGGCCACCGUGGAGGAAACAAAGGCUGUCCCUGAGCGUCGCUCAAAGAAGCCUUAUGUCAAACCAUUGGAGCAAGUGCCAGACAGGGCCCCUGUAAUGGGCACGGAAGGUGUGUCAAAGCGUCGCUCAAAACAGCAGUCCGGUCCGCUCAAGAAAGCAUCUCCAUCCAGGCCCCCACAGGUUGAUGCGCAUGUCCCAUUAUCUUUGGGUGCGGGCGCUGGUAUUGUGGAUAGCAGUCUGACGCGGUCAAUAUCAGACGGAGCAGAGGUGGGGCCCACUCAACACCCCCAAGUACCGCCAUUGCGAACAGUGUCGGACGGAGUGGAAUUCACUCAGCCCAGACGUGUGACCAAGAGGCCAACAUUUCCAGUAGGAGGCCAGCAGUCUCCAAUCAUAGAGGAUCGAGUGCUGGACGACCACCAUGCGAAUGGGCGCAACAGCAGAAAUGGAUUGGACCGAUCGUCUUUGGGCAGCGUCAAUGGUGGCUUUGUGCUUGUGAAGACAGAGGGAUUGAAGAGUGGGGGGGGAGGCAGGCUAGCCAGGCGAAGUAGGGGUCACAGGUCCAUAUCCCUUCCAGCACCUCGGUCAAUAGGCACGCAGCAGAGAUAG